AUGAGCGUACGUCGUGACCAUCCUUCUCCCAGCGUCAACGAGCUUCGCGCCCCGCCAGCUCGCACUCUGUUCUCUCGAAACUUGAAUUCUCGAAUUUUCCAACCCCUGAACCCGCGGCCGUUCCUGCAGGCUAGAGUCGGCACCGAGGUCAUCAUCCGUCUCAAGUGGGGCCAAACCGAGUACAAGGGCACCCUGGAGAGCAUUGAUUCAUACAUGAACGUGCUCCUGCGCGAUACAGAGGAAUUCAUUGACGGCAAGCACACCGGCACUUUGGGUCUGGUUCUGAUUCGGUGUAACAACAUUCUCUGGAUGGGAUCGGCAGAUACCGUGGAGAUGACGGACCUAGGACUCAAAUAA